GGUUGGUGGUCUUCAUACAUCCGGUUGUGGAGUCGUCAUGUUCUUGAGCGAUGACAACAGCGGGAGUUGGUACUGUUGCGGAGGUGUGGAGAAAUCAGAAACAGGGAGGACUAACUACGAUGGCAGAAAGUUUAGGACCUUCUUCCUUACGUCUGUCUAUGACGGCGAGGGAAAGAACUGGGUCAAGGAAGACAAGAAGGUGUCUCUUGACCUUCGGCUCUUCCAAGGUUAUGGGGUGAAGGCUUUGUCGAUGAAAGCGUUUGACAUGCGAGGGAACGGAAGGGAACCUUUGGUCCAGUUCAACAGCCCGACGGACCAGUUGGCAACUGUCGUUAUGCGAUACAGGGAACAGUUCGCGACGUUGCGUGCUGCCCAGCAAGUUGAUUGUGUUUUUGUGCCCAUUGAUGCGGGGUCCAAACGCCGCCAAGAUCCGCCGGCCAGAGCGGGUGGGAAGAGGAAACAAUUGGCGACUGCCCCGCUUUCGUCCAAUGCAGUUGCCCGGGCUUUUCCCACUCCGGUUCCGCCCUCCGAUCGACAAGGUCGCGAUGCGGCGGAGCAGUCCAGCGAGGCCAUAGACUACAACGACGGAGCUCUGCGCCACCUAGCUAGUCCCCAACAUCGUUCCCGGGAGGUACAUGUGCCUUUAACGAGGAGUAAUGCGAGGGCCAAGAGGGGGAAGGCGGUGGUGAGGAGGGGGACGACGGUAACGAAGGAGAUGCUGAAGGAUGGGAUAGAGAAACAUGGCUCACGGGGAAAGAGAAAGAGGGGAGAAGCGUUGACCUCUACUGCCAGCCAAACGAAACAAGCGAGCACUGACGCCGUCAAUGAGGCUUGCGGAGCGUUGACGGCAUCCCAGGAAGCGCAGACUCCUCGGAAAACUAGGGGGGGGGGGGGAAGUGGCAGUCGUGGCGGCGGCCGUGGCGGCGGUAGAAAAGGCUCGCAGAGGGCCAGGACACAAGAGUUGCAGGACUCUGGGGAUGAGGACGAGGGGGUGGGGCCUCGCAUGCCCGAUGAUGUUAACGAGUUGUUUCAGUGCGCCGCGCCCCUUGACACAACACGAUGUUUCUUUCUCGAAUACGACGAGCAAGGCUUCGCCAGGCAAGAUGUCCAUGUUGUUAACGUCGACGUCACAAGAAUCAAACGCAUUCCCCGUGGGAGGAUCCUUUAUAACCACCGCUGCUUGUCCGAGAACAUUGUGAGAGGCAUCGAGAAUGCCAUAGAAAGCUCCCUCACUGCCGACCCGGGGACGUGGGAUAGACCUGAGCUCGUUCUUGCACCUGUUGAUCUGGACGACGUCGUCGGCGGGCAGGGAAGGCGAAUCACGCCGGACGAGUUCUUCAAAAGGGACUCUGCGGAGUUCGACUGGUACGCUGUCUGUGGUCAGCAUACCGCCGAGGCCAUGAAACGGUUGGUGGCAAAGGACUCCGCCACGGUCAAAGUCUAUGGCCUCCGUGCGUACUCUAAAGUGCGAGUCGUCUUUUUCAAAGAUGACCAGACACGAGGGUACUUCAUUGUCUCGGCCUUCGACAACACACGUGAGAAUCGCGCCAUGAUGUUGUCCUUCCAAGACGCUGUGCGUGAUAUAAGGCAAUGGCGGAUCGACAACAACAGAAUCGAGACCCCCAAAACUAAGGUCAGCGAGAAGGAUGUCGUUGUCGUUGCGCGCCAGAAAACGUGGCAAAACUUCAUGAGGGCCUGCAUGGGGAAGGCGUGUGACAAGGCGUUUGUGAAACAGCCGCUCGACAAUGAAUACAGUAAGGAUUGGAGUAAUAAACUCCGGGGGUACAUGAACCUCGCUACGUCCACCGCCGCAGUCUGGCCACUGGUGGAGAGGUUCUUCGCAAUGUUCGAGGAAGGUCAGCUACCAAUCGACGAUGGCAAGAUCCCGCUUGACAUGCCGGGGAGGAUGCCAAAUGAUAUCAUGGCCCCACUUGUCCUCACUAGUGCGGGCGAAUUUGUCAUCCAAGAAACACAUAUUGUUUGGGUCCGCACAAAAGUUGGGAGGAAUCGGAUCGCCUGGCGCCAGCUUCGUUGCCUCAUCAGGAAUAUCAAUCUCAUCGUCUUCGCCGUCUUCGAUAGGCGUACAGUCAAUCCGGUCCACCAUCGAGGCUACAUUGUUCGCGAGUGGCGGGUUUGAGCAUCCCUCUGAUCGACCCGGUCCAUAUUCCCUGCCGUCACGCUCCAUGGCAGCGGACUGCCCACGCCACUCGGCUGCAUUGGUGUCG